CGUAGCGAUCUGGACGCCAUAAAAGCCAGGACGGCGUCUUCAGAUGUCGCAAUUAAAUAUUUUUUUUCUUUGUUUUUUAAAUGUGCAGAUUGGUCGUUUCAUCCUACCCACAGCUGACUGGGCUCAUUGCACCAGGUUUAAAGGAACUGAAUCCACUUGUAGUUUCACAGUAAAUGAGUUGUACGGACCGUCUGCUGUUACUGGUACUUGUGGACAGGGACUGCACAGCUACUUAUGUCUGAAGACUCAAGCAGCGAUGGAGAGUGGUGUGUAUCUUCUAGGAAGUGUGUGUACCCAGCAGCAAAAUGUUGGGAAUGUGGGAAAAAAAUCCACAAUCUCACUAAAUUGAUCUCACACUAUAAAAGCCACAAUAUCAAAGCCACCUGCCACAUCUGCAAGGUUACGUUCCGUCGCCUGACGUCCCUCUCAACACACCUGGAUAAUGCACACCUGCCACCUGUCUGCAAAACGUGUCAUCAGUCUUUCAGCAACGUCUGGGAGCUGAACAAACAUGCGGGGAGACGCUGCAUGGGCUCUGAGUUAUAUCAAGAAGAUUCCUCUUUGAUUUGUAAGAGGCAGAACAGUGAAAGCUCUCCUAAUGAGAUGACGAUGCAGCAAAAUGCAAAUACUGUACUACAUGACUCGCUGCCAGUGUUGAGGUCUGCCCAAAGACCUGAGAUGAAGCCUGAGACACCUGAAAACAGUGUGGAGUAUGUAUUGGGUGCAGAUGAUGAGGAUAUUGGCACUGGAAGUCAUUCUGACAAGGCAGAUGAUUCAACAAGCUCUGAAUCUGAAGACGAAGGCAAAACGCACUCUAAACCUAAUAACCUGUGUCCAGAUCUUUCUGAAAUCGGAGGUUGCUCAAACCCAAGUUUGCCCAGUGAUUCUAGUGAUUUUUCAGGUGGUCCAGAUUCUAAAGCAACAUCGGCACCCCUUCCUAGUGCUCACAGUUUAAUGUGCACAGUGUGUGGCCGAGGCCCAUUUAGGUCACUUAAGCUUCAUAUGCUGCACUGCAGUGGUGUAAGGGUAAAAUAUCAGUGCUGUGUUUGCCGGAGGGUCUUUCUAACUGAAGAUGCUGUUAAGGAACACCACAUGGCUUUGUAUGCCUGUGACAUCUGUGGUGAAGUGUUCAGUCACAGGAACUUGUACUGUAGUCACCAGUGUCCCAAAGGAAACAAGUCACCUUUGGUGCUCUUUUGCUCUGAGUCAAUGCCGAAAGCAUGUAAGAUAUGCAAAUGCUGUUUUACCUCUGAGAAAUUUUUGUUAGACCAUGUAACCAAAGCUCACACAUCAGUGGUCAGCACCAAGGUAUGCAUUAUUACUAAUCCAUCACUGUUGACUGAUGAUAACCCAGGUGUCCGUAUCACAAAAGUCGAGUUCCAGUCAACCAUCUCUAGUCCAAAGUUAGUGAACCAGGCCAUUAAUGGAAAGCACAAUGUUGUCCAAACAUUAGUGACAAACGGUGCCCUAGCUCAGCUGAACCAGCAGCCUUCAAGCCACCUUUGUGCACCUCUUUCUGUCCUUUCUAGGCCCACUGAUGCAAACCAUGAGACCGCCUCCUCUAACCCCACCUCACGACCAAUGCCCACUAUCCUGGCCAUGUUUGAGAAUGACAGCCAUCACUUGGCAUUGAUGAAACGCAUGAACACCAGCUGGCGCGCCAAGGCUCCUUAUCCCUGCAGGCAGUGUGGUGCCGUCCUGCGGCAGCCGUCGCUUAUCAUCAGCCACCGCUACCUCCACCGAGGCCACCGCUCGCACCAGUGCCCAUGCGGACGAGCUUUUAAACACCGACUGCACCUCCUGCGACACUGUGUUCAGCAUGCAGAGGCCAUAAGCUACAUCUGUGUCUGCUGUGGGGACACUUUCACAGGAGCAAAACUCCUGGCUCAGCACCUGAAGGGCCAGUCCCUUAAAAAAUCUCCCUCUGGGUGCACUUGGAAAAGAAAAGUCAAGAGGACGUGCAGAAUGCCCUUUACGUGCGACUGCGGAGAACUGUUUUUUAGGCCUUCGGCUUACAUAUGGCACCAACUUAAGAACAGGACAAGAAGUAACAAACUGAAGAAGCCUAUGAUAUGACAAAGUAUCAGUUUUUAUUUACACAAGCACUAAAUCAAAAUAGAUGAGUCACACAUGACACCUGGUUGUCACCGUUUUGUUUAAUUCAUGUGUCUCCAAGUGACAAAAUCAAAGCAAAAACAUAUACACAGUCAUUCUAAAUGGCUUUUGAAUUACAAGCAUGUCCUAAUUGAUUAUUAACAUAUCUUUAACCAUGUGCAAAUUUUACAUAUUAAUUUUCUCAUAAUUUUUUUCUGCUGCUACACUAACCACCAGAAUAAGAAAAAAAAAAAAGAGUAGCUGACAAGGAACAUUUUUUUUUCAGUACUCCAUUUAAAACUCCAGUUAAUCCUCCAGAGGAAAGGUUGGUCCAGUUUUUAGCUGUUCACAAAAAGUGAGUUCUUAUCAGUGAGGUUUGUAGAGGAGUUUGAUCUUGUUUUCUGUUUAAAUACAGCUGAUUCAUAUGUUGUUCUCCUUUGUGACGCUGAAGAGGCCAUGAUAUUUAGGAAUGAAAUAGAGGUUUGUUUGUUUGGUUGGUUGUGAUGUUAUCCUGAUGUUUAAAACGUCAUGAUUUCGUUAGCCCUAAAUAUUUUGUUGUUGUUGUAAUAUUUGCCCACUAGAUGGUGCAGCUGGGUUGCUAAAAAAAACGAGCUUAUGAGGCCACUGAAGUUUAUUUGUUCUCAACAGGUGUAAAGUGUUGGAUGCUCUUCAGGUAUCAAACUGCUGCAGCUUUGAAUGCUGACAUAAGUCUGUGAGGUUCAGUUAACAGUCAUGGAAACCCUCAUGUCUUGCAGUUCGAAAUAAAGGUUUCUUUUCAUCAUA